AUGGAUGAGGCUUACAAGAUGCGGAAAGAUUGGUAUCAUCAUGAAGGUCCGUGUCCUGAACUAGGUUACAAUGCAAAUAAGUGGAAUGAUGAGAUAUUGAGGUUAUAUAAAGCAGCUGAGUACUUAGAUGAGGAUAUGACUUAUAAGGAUAUCGACUUAGGCGAGUUGGCUGAGGGUGAAGACAAAAGAGAACAUAAAUUUCUUGCAAAGCUAGCUGACGCUGAAAUGCCUCUAUACCAAGCUGCACCAAUCAUAGCAAGCUGUCUGCUAUUAUUUCUCUAUUCAGGAUUAAGACACAAAAUGGGUGGUCCGACAAGAGCUUCAACGACCUGCUUGAAGCAUAGCCUAACAUGUUACCAAAGAAUAAUGUCCUUCAUACAUCAACUUAUGAUGUGA